GCGCAAUUGCAUGCCUCUUACGCGUUUAUUACGCGUUCGAUCUUAUCAACUAGUCUAUGUUUCACGAUUUCUUAUAAAUAAACAUUCUUCUUAUUAUCUUCUUUGACAAUUACAAAUCUCUCUCUCUCUCUCUGUCUCUUUUGUGAUCGGAUCGAACAACUUUCGACAUUUGCUAGAAGAAGGAAAAAAAAAUCAUGGGGGGUGGAAAAGAUAAGCAUGAUGAAUCUGACAAAGGGUUAUUCUCACAACUGGCUCAUGCCGCACAGAGUGGUCAUGGAGGCCAUGGAUAUCCUCCAGGAGGUCAGUACCCUGGAGCAUAUCCUCCACAACAACAUGGUUAUCCACAACAACAUGGUUAUCCGCCACAAGGAUACCCACCACAAGGAUACCCACCACAAGGAUACCCACCACAGGGAUACCCUCAACAAGGCUACCCACAGCAAGGCUACCCACAGCAAGGCUACCCUCCAUCUGGCUAUCCUGGCCCAUCUGCUCCACAUCAGUCAGGACAUGGCGGCGGCAUGGGAGGAUUGCUAGCUGGGGGUGCUGCGGCUGCUGCUGCUGCUUAUGGUGCUCAUCAAAUCUCUCAUGGCUCACAUGGCUCACAUGGCUCACAUGGCUAUGGCACACAGGGCUAUGGCUCACUUGGCGGCUUUUCACAUGGUGGUAUGGGUCAUGGCAAGUUCAAGCAUGGAAAGCAUGGCAAGUUCAAGCACGGCAAGCAUGGCAAGUUCAAGAAGUGGAAGUGAUAUUGUUUGUCUCGGUGAUUUUGAUUUUAGUCAUGUUGACUCUAUAUGUAUAUCAUGGAUAAUUGCUGAUCCUGGUUUUCUAAACUAUAAAUAAACAUCAGUUUAUGAUA